GCCAGAGAAGAGUUGAAGUUAUUCUGCAGCAGCUCUCACAAGCAGGAUGGAGAAGUCCAGGAAGAUCUUUUUCGGUGUCCUCCUGUUUGUCAUGUCUGUGGAAAUCUGCUUGGCCCAACACUGGUCUUACGGCCUCCAGCCGGGAGGAAAAAGGAACGCCGAGAGCCCAGUAGAAUCAUUUCAAGAGAUCACAAGUGAAAUGGAGAAGUCAGGAGAAGUGGAGAAGACUGGAUGCCCAAGCUCGGACCAGCACUCCAGGUUCAGGGAGCUGAAGGAAGCCAUGGAAAGUCUGCUGGAAGGAGAAGCCAGACGAAAGAAGAUUUAAACCCAACAAAGCCAAAUGGAACAAUGGACCCAGAAUAAAAUUUCAAAGCUACGUUAAAAUCAAUUCCUCUUCAAAUGGCCUUUGCUUCGAUUGCGUUAUGUGAAUAAAUACUCUGAACUUGCAUUUAAUGGUAGAAGAUAAUUGUUGUGAAAAUUAUUAGCUUAUAUGUAAAGGAGAACGUGUUCUAUGCCCAGUGGUGGGGACUCAGGUCUGCUUUGUGUCCUGCAAUGAAAACUUGGAUGUGACAGCAUUUGUUCCACAUGUACAGACAACGCUGGGACACAGGCACUGUCUGAUCUCACUCUGGAUAAAACAGGAAUAAAACUUCAUUAAAAAUCAAGAAUAAA